AACCGGCUUACAUCUCGGCUUCUGGAAACCAUCACUAGCCGUCUUUGACCUGACACCUGUUUUACUCCCGCCAAACCUCCGGGAGGUUGUCCUAAUUCCCCCUAAAACCCUAAUUUCUCAGUUAUUUCUACUUCUAGUCUGGCUUCGGUACUAGUCGCUGAAUUGAAUUGAUUGUUGAUUGGACGACAAGGGAAAGAGUGGGAGAUGUCACAAAAAUUCUCGCCGGCUCUUCGGAUUGGAGAUCUAAAUGAUUUCAUAGCGCCAUCUCAGGCAUGCAUAGUCUCUCUCAAGGGGUUAAAGUCUAACACUACGAGGGCCGACAAAGCCGAGGUUUCGACCGCCAAAAAGCAAUCACUGCCAGAACCUGUUAAGAUUUCUCUCAAGGACUGCUUAGCAUGCAGUGGGUGCGUCACUUCGGCGGAGACAGUGAUGUUGGAAAAACAGAGUUUGGAUGAGUUUCUAUCCAAUAUUAAUAAAGGAAAGGCUGUGAUCGUGUCUCUCUCUCCCCAGUCCAGGGCCUCACUGGCUGUUCAUUUUGGCAUUUCUCCACUUCAGGUUUUCAAAAAGCUGACAAGAUUUUUUAAAUCCUUGGGAGUGAAGGCAAUUUUCGAUACAAGUUGCAGUAGAGACCUAACGCUUGUUGAAUCUUGUGAUGAGUUUAUCUCAAGGUAUAAACAGAACCAAUUGGUUGACGAUGAAAGUUCUAAGUUGGGCCUACCAAUGAUUGCAUCAGCAUGCCCAGGUUGGAUAUGCUAUGCUGAAAAGCAACUUGGAUCCUUUGUUCUACCUUACAUUUCUUCAGUUAAGAGUCCUCAGCAAACAGUUGGAGCUAUCAUAAAGCACCAUGUGUGCCAGGGUAUGGGAUUUAGAGCCGAGGAAGUUUGCCAUGUUACUGUGAUGCCUUGUUAUGAUAAAAAGCUGGAGGCUGCUAGGGAUGACUUUGUUUUUGACUUGGAGUCCCAUGGAAAGGGGGACUGGAGUGAAUUUAAUAGAAUUCCAGAGGUAGAUUCGGUAUUGACAACUGGAGAGGUUUUGGAAUUGAUUCAGUUAAAAGAAGUUGAUUUCAGAAGUUUGGAAGAGUCCUCAUUGGAUAGACUGCUGACAAAUAUUAAUGAUGAUGGAUACCUUUAUGGGGUCUGUGGAAGCUCUGGAGGUUAUGCAGAAAAUAUUUUCCGAUAUGCAGCAAAAACAUUAUUUGGAAGACAAAUUGAUGGCCCUCUGAACUUCAAAAAUAUUAGGAAUUCAGAUUUCCAGGAAGUUACUCUGGAGGUGGAGGGGAGAACAGUGUUGAAAUUUGCUCUAUGUUAUGGUUUUAGAAACUUGCAAAAUAUUGUUAGAAAAGUUAAAAGUGGGAAAUGUGAUUACCAUUUCCUGGAGAUCAUGGCAUGCCCAUCAGGUUGCUUGAAUGGUGGAGGUCAAAUCAAACCAAAGCCAGGACAAUCUCCAAAAGAAUUGAGUCAGUUAUUGGAAAUAGCAUACAUGGAAAAUGUUUUGGUGGCAGAUCCCUUUGAUAAUCCUAUUGUGAAAAGUUUAUAUAACAAGUGGCUUGAGCAGCCUGGGUCUGAAAAAGCUAGGAAACACAUGCACACAGAAUAUCACCCUGUUGAGAAAAGCAUUACUUCUCAGUUGAAAUGGUGAGAAGAUUCAGUUUAGAAGAUGUUCGUGACCUUCAUUCCCUUUCUGGUAUGGAGUUGAAAGUUUUUGUGUUCGUUAUUCUCAAGGUAAUAUUCCAGUAUCAGGUAGUAGUUUCCUUCAAUCCCUUUUCCCUUCAAUGUUUGCAUCUGUAGAGUCAUACAAUCUAUCGUUUUGAACAUUUUAUCUGAAUGUUACUAAAGUAUAUAUUAAAGAAUCUCUAGAUGAUACAUUCUAGAUUUUUGGUUUAGUUGUUUACUUGUUCAAUAGGGAUGAGACUCCAACCCCUUCUGAAAAUUGCUAUCCUCGAGUUCUUAACUCUGGUGUAGAAAGUGAUCAUGCACUAAUUUGGUGGUCUGAAGGCGAUUAGUGGCAUUGUUAGAAUGAGAUUUUUUUUUUCUCUUUCUAAUUUUCGUGCAACUUUUCUCAAACUCGCCAUUUCUGGGUUUUGCCUAUGAUGGAACAAGAUUUUGAUGUCUAAGAGGAUGAUGUCUUUCUUAUUUUCGCCGUCUCAGGCAGAUACAGCAGAAGUAGAAACCAAAAACUAAACAGGUACGAGAGGUCGAGCAAAGUGAAGGAUAAGGAUGAUUCAAACAUCCACCAGCAACAUCGCCAAGAGACUGUCAAGUUUUUGCAUGGAUUGAAGAAAGAAGGGAUAGUGUUGAAUUAUAUCUAAACAAUCUAUUCCUCCAAGUCAAUUUUUUCUCAAUCCAAAUACCCCCUUUUUAAACCUGUUAUAGCUACAGGUCAUUUUCAGCAAUAAAAGCUAAACAGAGUGUACAUGGAUGAUUCAAGUAUGUAAAUGAAUAUGAUUCAGGCUUUAACGCUCUCGCGAUAAUUAUGGAAUUACGAGUUGCUAGAGAGAGAUUAUUCAUGUGGUUUUUGGCCAGUUUGAAUUUUCUUGUGUAUGAUUCAUUCUCAAAUUUGUACA